AUGGCUCAUACUAUUACUGCCGUUCAGGGAACCACUCAGUCACUCUUCAAGGUGGAGCGUGCCAUUCUCUCCGUCUCGGACAAGACGGGACUCGUGGAUCUUGCCAAGUUCCUGGAAUCCUACGGAGUGGAGUUGCUGUCCACUGGAGGAACUGCCAAGGCCAUGCGUGAUGCUGGCGUGAAGGUGAUGGACGUAUCUGAAUACACGGGUGCUCCUGAGAUGAUGGAUGGCCGUGUCAAGACGCUGCAUCCCAAGGUCCAUGGAGGAAUCCUUGCUGUCCGUGGAAACGAGAAACACGAGAAGGACAUGAAGGACAACGGAAUCAAGAAGAUCGACCUGGUUGUUCUGAAUCUCUAUGCCUUCGAAGACACCGUGGCGAAGGGAUACAAUUUCGAGACCUGCAUUGAGAACAUCGAUAUUGGUGGUCCUUCGAUGCUCCGUUCCUCGGCCAAGAACCACGCUGCCGUUGUGAUCUGCUCUUCUCCGAGCCAGUACGCUGCCCUCAUGGAGGAGAUGAAAACGCAUGAUGGCUGCACCACCCUGGAGCUGCGCCGCCGCUUCGCCGCCGAGGCCUUCGCCCUCUCCGCAAAGUACGACGCGGCGAUCAGCAGCUGGUUCGCGCGCCAGCUGAACCCGGAGGGCGCUACGGACAUCAUCGCGACGCGUCCGUACAUCCCGGUCCGCGAGCUGAAAUACGGCUGCAACCCGCACCAGAAGCCGGCCGGCCUGUACCGUCACCUGGGCAGCGACCUGCCGUUCACGAUCGUGCACGGGAAUCCGGGGUACAUCAACCUGUGCGACGCGCUGAACAGCUGGAUGCUCGUCAAGGAGGCGCGCCAGGCGCUCGGCGUCGUCGCCGCGGCGUCCUUCAAGCACGUGUCCCCCGCGGGAGCGGCCAUCGCGGUGCCGCUGACGGAGGUGGAGAAGGAGGCGUACGAGGUGGGAGAGAAGGAGAUGAGCGGCGCGGCGCUGGCGUAUCUGCGCGCGCGGAACGCGGAUCCGAUGUCGUCGUUCGGCGACUUCGCGGCGAUCAGCGACGUGGUGGACGUGGAGACGGCGCAGUUCCUGGCGACGUGCAUCUCGGACGGCGUGAUCGCGGCCGGAUACGAGCCCGAGGCGCUGGAGAUUUUGAAGAAGAAGAAGAAGGGCGCGUUCAUCGUGCUGCAGGGCGUGGCGGACUUCGCGAUGCCGCCGAUGGAGUUCCGCGAGCUGCACGGCUGCGUGCUGGCGCAGCGACACAACGACGUGGUGCCGUCGAGAGAGCAGAUGGGCAACGUGGUGACGGCGAAGAAGGAGAUCCCCGAGGCCGCGAUGAACGAUCUCAUCCUCGGCAACAUCUGCCUGAAGUACACGCAGUCCAACUCCGUCGCCUAUGCGCGCAACGGACAGAUGAUCGGCGUCGGUGCGGGGCAGCAGAGCCGCGUGGACUGCGUCAAGCUGGCGGCGCGGAAAGCGGCGCUGUGGUAUCUGCGCCAGCAUCCGAAGGUGCUGGGACUGAAGUUCAAGCAGGGCGUGAAGAAGCAGGACCGCGUGAACGCGCGUGUGCGGUACAUCGAGGGCGACUUCACGGAGGUGGAGUACGAGCAGUGGAAGACGCUCUUCGAGGAAGUGCCCGAGCCUCUCUCCCAGCAGGAGAAGGACGAGUUCAUCAAGACCAUGGACGGCGUAUCGCUCUGCUCCGAUGCCUUCUUCCCCUUCCGCGAUAACAUUGACCAGGCCUCCAAGUACGGAGUCAAGUACAUCGCGCAGCCCGGAGGCUCCAUUCAGGAUGAGGCCGUCACUGCUGCCGCGGACUCCUAUGGCAUGACGAUGGUGCACACGGGACUGCGUCUCUUCCACCAUUAAGCCAAAGGGAACCAAACCGGACCGAACCGAAUCGAAUGGACUGAAAUGGAAUGGAAUGGAAUGGAAAGAUAGAUAGAGAGAGUCGUUAUUUUUUAUAAAUAGGU